AUGCGUUUUACAGCGUCAUGGGCACUGCCCGCACUGCUUAGUUCGACAAGUGCACGCUUUGUGAUGUACGCAGACGAAUGGCACCCAACUCGUCCAACCAACGCCCAAGAUCGUGCUGGCAUUGAUCACGUCGUUCUUGCCUUUGCCAACGCCAACAACACCGCAGGCUACUCGCCCAAGGUCCCAAUCUCUACGAUCCGCUCGGAGUUCCCUAAUGCAAAGGUUAUGAUUGCUGUUGGUGGAUGGGGUGAUGACACAGGUUUCCAAACAGUCUCCAGCUCCGACAGCAGCAUCCAGAGGUUUGCCAAUGAUGUCAAUACCAUGCUCACAAAUACUGGCGCCGACGGCGUUGACAUCGACUGGGAGUACCCUGGCGGCAAUGGUGCUGACUAUAAGCAAGUCUCCAACUCAGCCAAGUCGUAUCAGAUGGAGGCUUACCCCAAGCUUCUUGCUGCGACUCGCACUGCCAUUGGUCCCCACAAGCUUCUUUCAAUUGCUGUGCCUGGCAAAAAAGGCGACAUGAUAGCCUACACCUCGGAGAUAGGUUCCCAGAUUUGGCCGUUAGUCGAUUAUAUCAACGUCAUGUCCUACGACCUGAUGAACCGCCGCGAUAAUGUGACACAACAUCAUACGUCCGUCGCCGGAUCCGAGGAGACGAUUAAAAACUACCUCGAUAUCGGCGCGCCAGCACCUAAGAUUAACCUUGGAUUCGCAUACUACGCCAAGUACUUCACCACCGCAGGCGACUGCUCUGCCUCCCCUCUCGACUGCCCUAUCAAGCCUGCCGAGAACCCUAUCACAGGCAAGGAUCUGCUCACUAGCGGCGCCUGGACAUUUGAAAGACAGCACAUGGCGCCUGUAGACGCAGGCAGUCUGACAGUGAGUACUGACGGCACAUGCGGUCCAGAAAAGGGAACGAAGUGUGCAUCCGGCUGCUGCAGUCAAUACGGCAACUGCGGCACGUCUCUCGAGCACUGCUCCGGCGCUUGCCAGCACGCAUUUGGGACUGGAUGCACUGAUGCUGACGUCGCCGGCUCAUGGCAGAACGCCGCAAAGAACGGCGUCACUGACGAGCAAGCCGGCGGACAAUACUACUACGACCCUGUCAACAGUCUCUUCUGGACAUGGGACACACCAGAUCUCAUUACCCGCAAGUUCAACGACAUCGUGCGGAAGUACAACCUUGGUGGUGUGAUGGCGUGGAGUCUGGGCGAAGAUAGCAAUGACUGGACCCAUGUCAAGCGCAUGGCCGACGAACUCACAAAGACUUCGAGCAAGCCGCAGUCGAGUUACAGACCAAGGCCUACGAGUAAGACGUCGAAGCCGAAGCCGGAGCCAGAGCCCACCUACAAGCCCCAGCCUCCGUCAAAGACUUACAAGCCUUCCCUUCUUACGCCGACGUACCCUACCGCUGACAGCUACCGCAAUCUCCCCUGCAACCCGACGCUAGAGUCCGAUCCCAAUCUGCCCUAUGAUGUAGUUUGGGUCGACGGCACAUCUGACGGUCCAGCAGGCGAGUACGUGACCAAGCCAGGCUCGCCAGACGACUACACAAUCGUCUGGGUUGACGAAAACGGAAACCCUGAGGAGACUGUGAGCCCGAAGCCGCGGGAACAGUCUGAAGCUGCUGCAGCACUUGCACCAGCUCCUCCUACUCCUGCAUCGCCAGCUCCACAGUACGAUGACGGGAGCUGGAGUCCGGGCAAGUACGAUAGGCAAGAGGAAGGUGCGAGGGUGCCGGGGACUACAGAGCAGGUGGCUCACUACCAGGAUGCGCCUGCCCCUGUAUCUGAUUAUGGGCAAGAAGAGAAGGAAGAGCCACAAUAUGAACAAGUGUGCACGUUGCGGAGGGUGAAGAAGAGAAGUGCGCGGGGCAAGAGGGCGGCGGCAAGGGUGAUGUAA